AGUCAAACGUCAUGUUGCUUGUCAAUUUUGUUUUUGUUUACAAAUUUUAAAUUUAAAAUUCGUUUUUUCAUGUAAAUUUUAUUUAGAUAAAGUUUACUCGUUUCUUAUAAAAAAAUAAAUAUGAACGGCAAAUUAGAGCAACUAAAAAGGGAACUAACCGAAAUGUUUUAUUACGGUUGUACUUCUACACAGGUUUACACUGAUUAUGUCGAGUACAUAGACCUUAAAAUAAAAUGCAUAAUGGUCCAAAUAGCCGAAGUAUACGAGGAACAUGCCCAUAUGGACAAAGAUCAAGUAAAUGAAUUAUUAGGGAAACAAUAUCAAGAACUGUGGCUCGAACUUGCCGAGCAUCUGAAGAAAUUUAACGAGGAGAUUCAAGAUAUUUUUGAGAUACCAAAAGAUUGUGUCGAUGUGGCAAAUAUGGUACCCGAGGACUGCUUUCAACCUAAGGCAGUGGAAAAGUUGGAGAAAGAAAUUGAGGAAUUGCAACAGAGGUUUAAUCAGGAAAAAUUUUAUCUGGAGUCACUGAAACAAAAACAGGAAAUCAUAGAGAGGGUUUCCCAGCAGCUGAGCGAGGAGAAAAUAAACCGAGCGAAAGCAAUACAAAAAACCGCCAAAAGAGAUGCUGAUUUACUAAAAGAACUUAACCAGAAGAAACAGGAGGAAAUCAACAAAUUACUGGAGAACUCUGGAAGAGGUUACAAUAUUAAAGCAAUGAUCUCUCGGAAUGUUAACGAGGAAAACACAGAGAAAGUAAUAGAGAAAAUUAUGAAGCAGGUUCUUGUUAAUACCAAAUAAUUAUUUUUGUCUUAGUUAGAUGGACAUAUUUAAAUAUAUAUUAAUAUAAUUUCUAGGCAGGAUUAAAAAUAGAA